UACUCACUUUUACUAGCUUGUUCUAGAAAUCACGCACAACACGCACAGAUAUUAACGUGCGUGUUAUUUAUUUGUAGGAGAUGCGUGUGUGCGUUAAAAGGUUAAAGUUGGUUUGAUGAGAGAAAAAGUCUUCGGUCCGUUUUGAAUGGCAGCCCGUGUUGUUAGCGCUAACUGCUAGCUAGCGUUAGCCCGCUCGAUGUGACUGUUUUCUUUACGAUUAGCAUUAGCUACGUGUACAGGCAUGAAACUGGCGCACAUAUAUUUUCUUUAAGUCGCACUUCUUUAUCAGAUAGACCCGGUGAUGCAUUUGAAUCAGCUCACACACGGCCGGAUGUUCGUCAGCUUGCAUGCAGCUAGUUAGCGUAGCUAGCGGCCCUAACGUACGUUAGCGUUAGCUAGGAUGAGCUGAAACUUGAGUGAUCACAGGGAGGAACUGGACUCAGUUAAAACCCGCGAAGCUCCGCAAAACGAGUCUUUAUAAACAACCACUAUAGUGCUACAGCCUACCCAGUCCUGCAGACUAUUCGUGUAUUGUCAUCUGUUGAACAGAACUGUUUGUUAACAGGAAAUUGUUGUGUCUGCUGAGACCCGCCAGCCUCCCAGGAUGGACUCUGAUAUUUUGAACAUUGAGGAGAUAGUGAUGGGCCGGGGGUUACCGGACCCUCCUCCUGAAGCUCCCCCUGAGAAACCAGCAGAGCCCUACAAACCCAUCACUUUGAAUGGGCCCCCUGCACCCGCUGUUCAGUCCUACCAGCAUGAAAACCUGCAGUGUUUCCAGUGCUUCAUCACAUUCUGCAGUGCCAAAGCCAAGGAAAGGCACAUGAAGAAGAGCCACCGGGAAGAGUAUAAGCAACAGCUUCAGCAGGGAAACACAUUGUUCACAUGUUAUGUGUGUGAUCGCACAUUUCUGUCAUCUGAGGAAUUGACGCAGCACCAGCCUACACACAGCAAGGAUGACAAGCCCUUCAAAUGUGUUCACUGCAAGGAGAGCUUUAAAACAUUCUCUGAACUCACAACCCAUAGAAGACAAGUGUGUCCGGAGAAACAGUUGGUGUGUAAAGAUUGCAAUGAAACCUUCCGGAGUGCUGCGCUUCUGCGUACUCAUCGCCUGAUCCAGCAUCCCCGCCCAGAUGUAGAGACUCCACAACAGCCAGAGGAGCCCACGAAGACCCAUCAAUGCAAGAAGUGUGGUCAAGGCUUUGAAAAGGAGUCCGAGCUGGUAGCUCACCAGGAGAAAUACCCGGAAGGUCAGCAAUGCAACGACAGCUCUUCAUCCGCCAAGAAACGCGGACGGCCUUCCAAAACCGAAGAACCGGCUGCUGCUGAGAAAAAGGGAAAGCAGAAAAAGAAGGAUGAGGCAGAAGCACCUGAGGAAGCGGUGACGGCCAGCAGCACAUCCGAGUCAGCACCACCUCCAGCCGAGGAGAAGGGAAAGCCACGUUUAGCAAAGCGAGGCCGCCCCCCUAAAGCCGCAGCAAAAUCAGAAACAGAAGAAAAGAUCCCAGAGGAUGAUGGCCAAGCUUCAGGAAAGGAGAAGAAACCUAAAGUAGACCCAGCCCCCCUGCGUCAGCACCCGUGUCCUGAAUGUGAUCUCUCGUUCCCCAGCUUGAUUCAGCUCCGCGCUCACAAGAAGGAGAAACACGCCCCACGGAAAGCCCACCCCUGUGACGAAUGUGAAGAGAGCUUUGCCCGCUCUGAGCAGCUCGACGCCCACAUGUCAAGGGCUCACGCUAUCGGUCGCUUUGCCUGUCCGACCUGCGGCAAGAGCUUUGGUCGUGAGCGCACAUUGAAAGCUCACCAAAAAAGCCACCCGGAUGAAAAGCCCGAAAACCCAACUGCAAAGAGAUAAUUGUGUUAUGUGGACAUUUUAAAAAGUGUAUGGUUUUUGAAGAUUUUAGCCAGGAAUUUUCCAUUUUUCAAUAUUGAAUAUUUGAUGCUCCACACCAUGGUCUCAGAUGAGUUUGAAACGGUUUUUGAGAAUGACUUUUUAGCUAAUUUUGGGUUGAGUUAUUGAUAAUGAGCUGAUUUAACUGUGGACAAACAGACACAUGUUCUCAUUUGACUAACCAAAUAUUGUUAAAUCCAUCUAUUACACCCUUUGUCACGGAACAUAGUUUGUCUGGAAAAAACAUUUUGAUUAACUCUUUUUUUUUUUUUUUUUAUGAUUUGUUUCAGAUUUUAAUGCGUGAAAUGCGUGUGGUGUGAAUUUAUAACUGUGUCUUGAGUUUAACUCACUUUGUGGCAAAAUGUUUUUAAUGUUUUUUUUCCUCCUUUUUUUUCAAAACAGAUUGGGUAAGUACAUAUUAUCAAGCAAAUUAGAUGCCUAGUAAUGAUACUAUGUUUGAAUGUGUGUCAAAAGAAAUGUUAUGUACAGCUCCUGGUUCAUAUUGUGCAUUUUUUUUACACUUAAUAUUUUGAUUAUGUUCCUUUCUAAAUUAAGUCUCAUUGAAUUUUUUUUUUUUUUUUAACAAAAUUGCAUUCUGCUAACAUUUUAUUUUGGCCAAGUUCUUCAGAUUAAUUGUGGAGUGUUUGGUUUGUGGGCAGAAACGAUCCACUGUAAUCAUGAUUUUUCUCACAGUGAAAAAUGUUAUUCUUUAUUUUUUCACUUAUUAGAAUAAUAGUUCAUGUCUUAGACAUUUCUGAAAUGGAACUCGUUGCUUUGUAAUACCUUUGAGUCCCAUAAGGAUCUGUGUAUAUCAUGUUAUUCGCUAAUUGGAUUGUUUCUCUCCCCACUGCAAUGUGUCUGGACACUGCAAAAAAAAAAGUAAUAAAAUAUGCCAUCCUAAGGGAGGCUGCUGAAGAAA